GCGUUGUUUCGAAGCAGCUCCGGCCCGCUCCGCGCUGCUCCGCGUUUCGCCGACCCUUUCGCAUCGAAAGAUCAUGUCGCGCUUGUAGCAAGAGUACAUCCCGAGAAGGAUCGCCGUAAGCCGCACAUCAGCAGCAAAUCAUCCCCGUUGGAGACUUACGAGCUGGAAGGAUCAUCUCGUUAUCCCCAUCGUUCCCGAAAGGCAUCGUGGCGACGAGAGGGAAUUGCUGGACAAGGCAUUGGCUGGACGAUCAUUGCGACGCUAAGAAUGCGGCAACAGCGACAUUCACACCUGGUAUCGAGAACCCCACCGGCCACCACCCCUGUUUACGACACGUGUAUCUCCAUGGCGAUGUGUUGAGUAACGCGUAAAUAAAUGCAUCACGUGAGUCACGUCAAUGCACGCAAGUUUGUUGACCAGUUCAGGCCCUGCUCCGUUUAUGUAUUUUUUCGUGAUCAAAUGCAUCAGACAAACAUGGCACCGAAGAAAUUACGUGAGAAAAAGCGCGAUUUCAAUCAGAACUUGAUCGAACCGCCUCGCUCAUUCGAACAGUUGUGCAACAUGAUAAACAAACUAGAAAAGGAUAGCAGUAUUGAAAUUACGGAGUGCAAUCGGAUGGAUUUAUUAGCUGUCGAUGUAAAAUACGAUGCUAAUCUGGAGCCAGCAAUGUGCAAGUAUUUGGGACAAAUCGAACCGGAGAAAGAUGUUUCGACGGACAAAUGCGAGUCAGUCGUAACAACUUACGAAGACAUAAUGUCCUUCCUAGGAACGCUAGAAAAUGAAGAUACACCAGCGAAUGACAUCACUGCCAAUAAUGCGACAACUGUAAUCUCGUCCUGCCAAAAUCCUAGUAGGUAUGACGUGCAGAAUUUUGGCUCCAUUCAACGGGACGAUUUAGAGACCGCGAGAUUGCAAAUCGAGGAAAGAAACGCGACGAUAGAAUGUUUAAAAAAUCAACUGAAGUCCGAGCGCAAGGCGGCGUGUGACAAGAUGGCAUCGCAAAAACGUCAUCACGCUAUCAAGGCGAAGGAGUUGGAGAACAAGUACAGGACGAUCGUGAAACGCCAUCAGAAGUUUAUCGAGCAGCUGCUCGCCGAGAAGACGGAUCUCACGCAGAAAUGCGACUCUCUGGCGCGACAAAUCAAAGAGAUGGAACAAAAGAUUCAGCGAGAUUUGAAGGUAAUUACUGAGAGGCACGCCGUCGAGCUGCAACGCGCGAAGGAGAACAUAGCAGCAUCUGAGAAGAUUCGGCGCGAGCGAUGGCUGGAGAUGAAAACGUCGAAAAUCAAGGAAAUGACAGUAAAAGGCCUGGAACCAGAGUUGCACAAUAUGAUGGAGCAACAUCAACAGGAGAUACAAGAAUUAAGACGUACGCAUAUAAAAGACUUACAGGAUAUGGAGUUGCGCGCGAUGCGUAGGUCGAAUCAACAGCUAGAGCAAUUGCGAAUCGAAUUGACAGACAGCCACGAGAAAAUAUUGGCCAAGGAGAAAGACAUAUUGGUAGCAAGAUACAAAGAAAAGCUGGAAGAGCAAGAGGCGCACUUUCAGACGCAACAGAAAACAUUUGCGGAGCAUUUCGAAAGAGAGAAAUCGAUGCUCAUCGCAGAGCAAAAGAAACGCGACCGGGAAACAAGUGUAAUAAUACAACAAACGGAAUUGCACUUUCAGAAAGACACGGAAAGAUUAAAAGAGCAAUACGAAAUUGCUAAGAGGAAUUUCGAGGAAUCCCUGAGAAAAGAAUGGCUCGCGUGGGCGGAUAAUUAUAAAAAAGAACAAAAUGUGACUUUCACAAGAGCGGAAGCUACAAUUCGUAACGAUUGUCAAAAAGAAAGAGACAAGCAGAUAGAGAUCGCUAUAGUCAGAUUGGAGAAAAAAUCUCGUGAAAUGCAAGACAAGUUGCAGCAAAGUUUCGACAAUAAAUUAGAGCUAAUGCAAGAAGAUUACAACACAAAAUUGCAGGCCGCAAUUAAAAGCGAGAGUAUUUAUAAAAAUAAAUUGCUAUUAUUGGAAGAAAAAUUCAAAUGUACAGAAAUCCAAUUUGAAAAAACAGAAAAUAAAUUAAAAGAAUAUAUUUUAAAUCUUAAUAAUAUGAAUGAGACAAUCGUAAAGUUGACUAAGGAGAGAGACAAUGCAAAGGAUAUAGCGAGGCAAGAAAUUGAGACAGAGAAACGAGAGUUGGAAAACAAAAUCGCAUCGCUUUAUCAAGAAAUAACACAGAAUAACGUUAACAGAGAUCAACUUAUGGCACAGUUACAUAGCAGGAUAAAACUUGUAGUUACUCAAAAAGUUUUAAUUAUAAAGAAUCUAAAUAAAAAAUUAGAUGAAGCAAAUUCAAGAUCGCAACACUUGGAAAAAUUGCUAGAUCAACAAAGAAAAGAAUAUAUUUUAAAAUCUUUGUAAAUAUAAUUUAAAAAUUGUAUAUGUGUGUGCGUGUGUGUGUGUGUAUGCUUGUAUUAAGGACAGCUUUCAAGAAUAUAAAGGUUUUGACUAUAAAAA